UUCAGCUUUUAUUACACCUUAUUUUUUUGUUCAUUUAUUUUUCGUCUAUCAUCGUCUUCCUCCUACCAUCGUCCCUCUUCUCUCUCUCUGUCGUCUCUGCAAAUCAGUUUUUUUUCCUUCUCUUCUCAUCUCAGUUCUCACCCACCGCCGUGUCCGUUGGUUUCUGCCGGAUCUGACCUGUAUCCCGUGUCGGAUCGUAUCGACACGGGUACUGCACCCCAAAUUGCCGAGUCGCGGUAACGAAGGUUUUUGUGUGGUCAGAGGAAAAUGGGAAGCACCAGUGCCGAUAAAGUUCCCAGUGAUACAGAAAUGGAAGGUUCUGAGGCCACAAUAGAAAUAAAAAUAAAAACAUUGGACUCUCAGACUUAUACUUUGAGAGUGGAUAAACAGAUGCCAGUUCCUGCACUAAAAGAACAAAUUGCUUCUGUAACUGGUGUGUUGUCAGAGCAACAACGGCUAAUCUGUCGUGGAAAAGUUCUAAAAGAUGAUCAGCUCCUUUCCGCAUACCAUGUCGAGGAUGGCCACACCUUGCACCUGGUGGUCAGGCAGCCAGUUCCACCAUCAUCUGAUGGCUCACCAUAUCAUUCAGCAAAUGAUCCCUCAUCAGAUACAAGUCGUGGUCAUAGUAAUCAUGCCCCAAGUUUUGUAAUAGAGACUUUUAAUGUGCCUGAUCAAGGGGAUGGGGUUCCUCCUGAAAUCAGUCGGCAGAUUGUUUCUGCUGUUCUUGGCUCUUUUGGAUUCGCAAAUAUGGCAAGUGGAAAUACUGGGAGUGAUGCCAGGGAUCAUGGUUCACAAAGACAGGAAAGAACGUCUGGUGGUAGUGGCAUGCCAGAUUCAUCGCAGGCUCAAACUGAGCAAGCCAGCAUGACAAGUCAAUCAGAUAGAGCCCAUAGUGCUUUUGGACUUCCAGCGGCGGUUUCCUUGGGGCCUAUGCACCCUCCUGUAAUUCCUGAUUCUUUGGCUACAUUGUCCCAAUAUCUUAGUCAUAUACGGAACGAAUUUGAUGCCCUUGGUAGAGUUGGCGGAAAUGAUUCUCAGACAACUCCCAUGAGUAGGACUGGAUCUAGAGAUUCUAAUUCUGCGUCAAAUUCAGGAACUGGACGUGAAGGUCUUCCUACACCUGCAUCUUUGGCGGAAGUGUUACUCUCUACCAGGCAAAUGCUCAUUGAACAAGCUGGAGAAAGUGUACAACAACUUGCAAGGCAACUGGAGGAUCAAGUAAAUGUGACUGACCCCUCAGCACGGCUGAUUGCACAGACCAAUGCAUUGAGAACCGGAGCUUUACUGCACAACCUAGGCUCACUUUUACUUGAGCUUGGUCGUACAACCAUGACACUACGCUUAGGUCAAACACCAUCUGAAGCUGUUGUUAAUGCUGGCCCUGCAGUUUUCAUAUCCCCUUCUGGUCCAAACCCUCUCAUGGUUCAGGCUCUUCCUUUUCAACCGGGACCUAGCUUUGGUGCCAUCCCUGUGGGAACUGUCCAGCCUGGAUCUGGUUUGGUUAAUGGACUUGGGACAGGGUUUGUUCCUAGGCGUAUUGACAUACAAAUACGAAGAGGUUCAUCAAUGACAACUCCGAAUACUCGAGAGGAACAUCCCCCAAGCCAAUCAGGUCAAAGCAACCAAUCAGUGGGUUCUCACAGUGAGAAUCGUAGCAGUCAAACAACUUCAAGGGUCUCAGAUACGCCAUCUUUUGCUGGAGAAUCAGGAGUGCGGGUGGUUCCUAUUAGGACCAUGGUUGCUGCUGUACCUGCUCCAUUGGGUCGCCUACCUUCAGAGUCUUCUGGUAAUUCUGUGGGAGUAUACUACCCAUUGCUUGGAAGAUUACAGAACAUAGCUCCUGGACACGUAAGUGGUGAACGGGGACCUCAAGCAUCUGGUGAGCAUCCAUCUUCUGGUGCUCAACCUGAGCAGGUUCGUAUUCCUGAAUCUGCAGUGCAACAUCAAAGUUCAGAAGAGUCUGCAAGAGAUGUUUCUGCAGUUUGGAAAUUUCCAUGUGAAUUGACCAAAAAAGUUAAAAGCCAAAAGGGGAAAAAUGACAACGGAAAAGGAAAGGUGAAGUGUACCAGGAGGCUUACCUUUCAAGAAUUGACCAUCAAGCUGCUUCCUGCUGCAGGUUCAUUACCGAAUGCUAAUUCAAGACAACAGGAGCGUCCUAAUACACGCAGUGUCAAUAUCAGCAUUCUAGCUGCUGGCAGAACUCAAAACAACCAAGACUCAGAGAGACAAAGUCCUAGUAAUGUUCUUCAGUUUCUAAGGUCAAUUUUCCCUGGUGGUGAAAUUCAGGUAGAGGAAGCGAGUUCACAAGGAACAGCUAGAGAUUCUGUCCGAGGGCAAGCAGAAGCAUCCAAUGAUGCUCCAGCAGCUGAGACAAGUAUUACUAAUCAAGGGGUGUUUUUAUCUAAUUUGCUUCAUCAGAUCAUGCCAUACAUAUCUCAGCAUGCGGGUUCACAACGAAGUACUCCUGAAGAAGCAACUACUUCUGCCCCGGCUGACCUCUCUAGUACCGGGAAUUCACGCAGACCAAAUGACACUGAACAAAAUCCACCGAACUCGAAACGUCAGAAGAUGGAGUAACUUAUCAAGAGGGCGAUUUACCGAAGCUUCCCGUGGUUAUGAAAAGUCGUAAUUGCUGAUUUGAGAACUUUCUUGGUAUAUGAACAGCGGCAUGACUUAUAUGUUAAAAUGUGGUAAUAUCAUGGUCCUUUUUAUUGCAAAAAUGAGAUGACAUUCUAUAAUUUAUAUUAUAGGGGAAAUUUGUAGUCACAAAUUUUUUUGGUUUUUGACUUUAAUAACAUAGUAGUAAUGUUGUUUUAUUGAA